GCGCGCAGGCCGUGCGGGCCGCCAUGAAGCCGCAGUACAAAGCGGAGGCGGAGAGGGCAGCGGUGGCCACGGUGAAAACGGUGAAGCCCAAAAAGGAGUGAAAUGAGCUGAUCUGUGGGGAAUAACAGCAAACUGCAAAGGCGAGCUGCAGACUGCAGUAGGCGAGCUCAAGACUGCAGUGUAAUGUCAUCACAUGAGCUGUAGAACUUGCCUGUGUAUGUAAAUUGACAUGCUAAUAAAUGUAAUUUCUGAAUGUGUGGAAAGUGUAGUUCCUCUUGAAACUAAGUUUCUGUUCUGCAGGGACAUUUACUUUUCAGUUCUGUUGAAAUAAAAGGCUGCUUUUAGCACAAUCUGGA